ACAACAAUACACGUGAAUUAACUAUUAAUCUUUAUAAAAUGAAUUUAUUACCUAAAAAUAAAGAAGAAUUCACUAAAAAAGAAUACUGGGAAUCGUUCUUUAAAAAAAGAGGAAAUAAAGCGUUCGAAUGGUAUGGUGAGUACCCCGAAUUAUGUUCAGAUCUUCACAAAUACGUUCGUCCGAAUAAUAAAGUUUUAAUUGUUGGGUGUGGUAAUUCAACGCUUGGUAAUGAUUUGUAUGAUGUUGGAUAUAAAACAAUUACGAAUAUUGAUAUAUCCCACACUGUCAUAAAGCAUAUGAAAAAAGCUAAUGAACAAAAAAGGCCUGAUAUGAACUUUAUUCAAAUGGACGCAACAAAUAUGUCCUUUGAUAAUGAAUAUUUUGAUGCCAUUAUUGAUAAAGGAACAUUAGAUGCUUUAAUGCCCAAUGAUAAAGAAUCAACAAUCAUUGAAAUUGAUAAAUACUUAGAGGAAAUAAAUAGGGUUUUAAAAAAUGGGGGGAAAUAUCUUUGCAUUUCUUUAUUACAAGAACAUAUUUUAAUCAAAUUAAUUGAUUUCUUUCAUAAUAGUUCUUGGUUAUUUAAAAUAAUUAGAUGUCAUGAAGCUGAAAAUAAAGCAGAGGAUAAUAACGAAAAUAUUUUUCCAGUUUUUAUGGUUGUUUGUAGUAAAAUUCAAUCUAAAUCAACUAUGAUUGCAGAUGUUUUCUUAGAACUAAAUACACAAGGAACAAAAGCCGAGAAACCAGACAAAGUUAAAGAUUUAAUUUCAAGUAUUCAACAAUCAUCCUUUUUAUGUUCACAUUUAAAAAACACCACGAUAAAAGACGACGAUGUAGUAUCAUUCGAAAUUUUUGAAACAAACAGUUCUUCGCCUAGAUACACCGCCUACGUUAUUGAUAUUCCGUUUGAACGAGAAAAUUUUAAAUAUGCAGCGUUUAUUGUCCCUCAAGGAAGAGAAGCCGAAUGGUUAUUUUCAACCAUAGAAGGAAGAAAACAACUCGCAAAAAUGUCCCAUCAUAAUCGUUUAACGGUUAUUACGAUGCAUAGGAAUCAAACUUACGGGAGUUUAGAUGAUAUUAAAAUUGAAUUGAAUGAUAUCAUUAAAAAAUUAGCACCAGUGGAUCCCCCUGCUUUGAUACCAUUUUUGUCAAUAAACUCGGAAGUUGGCGAAAGAAUCAUUCGAUAUGAAGGGAAUUCGAAAUUUUCCGGGGAUUAUGUUAUAGAAGAUGUCAAAAUUGAUGAAGUAAAAUAUCGUAGAUUAUAUUAUUUACAAACGCAAUUACUUAUUCAAUCAGAAGCAAGAUUAAAAACCGUAAAACCAAGGAGGGGAAAUCCAAAAGAAAUUGUUGAUCCCCUAUAUCUUAGUUGUAAACAUCACCUUUAUAUGACCCUAUCAAUAUUAUUGGGUAAUAAAAAAGAGUCUUUAGCUGUAAUUGGGUUAGGAGGAGGUGGAUUAUGUACGUUUCUACAUAAAUUUCUUCCUAAAACAACGAUUAAAGUGAUUGAUAUCGAUGAAGAUAUGCUAAAAAUAGCGACGGAGUGGUUCGGGUUCGUAAAAAGUGAAGAAGUCGUCGUUGAAAUAUUGGAUGGGUUAAUUUUCUUGGAAAACUCCUCGAAAAGUGACGAAAAGUAUGACGCAAUUCUUUUUGACGUGGACAGUAAAGAUAGUUCAAUAGGAAUGAGUUGUCCCCCCAAGCAAUUUCUUGAAGAUUCCACGAUAGAUAACGUAAUAUCUUCGUUAACUGAUACCGGAAUUUUUGUAUUAAACGCAGUUAUUAGGGAUAAAAAAAUAAGACGGACGAUCAUUCAGAGUUUAAAGAAAAAAUUUAAAUUGAUUACUUGUUAUAAGUUGGACGAGGAUCUUAAUGAAAUUAUCGUUUGUUUUAAGGAGGAUGUUUCAACAGAAAAUAUUUUGGGGAAAUAUAAAAAUUGUUGUGUUGAGUUAAAUAAGUUUAUAAAAAGUAAUGGGUUACCUAGAAGGGAAUGGAUUAAUGUUGGAUAUUUUAUGGAAAAGAUUGGUUUUGAAUAAAAAAAUCCAAUUUAA